AUGAAAAAGACGGAGUCCCGUGUGUGUAAACUGGAGAACCACCAUUCCACCAUCUGUCAGGUGUACAAGGAGCGCGACCUGACACGAGAGCUGGGGUUGGAGCAUUUCAUCAGGAAGGUGGAGGCAGCUCACUGCGGGGCCUGUGAUCUGUUCAUUCCCAUGCAGAACCAGCUGAUCCAGUCACACCUAAAGUCUGCAGACCAUAAUUAUAACCGCAAGGCCAUGAUGGAGCAGUCCAAGAAAGAAGGUCUAUGUGUGGCCCGCAGCAUCCUCAACCACAAGGACAUCGGGCAGAAGUUUGAGAGUUUCCUCAAGGGGGAGAAUCCUUUCAUAAACAACCCAGACGAGGCGGACGAUUCAAUUGCGAUGGAGGUGUCUGCCACUGAGGUGAAGGCUGAGGCUGGGGCUGAGGCCAGGGACGGAGAGCUGGCCAAAACCACACCGCUGGAAGGCCUUAUUCCCUCAGACGUCCUGGAAGAAGCCCCACUCAACCUGGACCCGGAGGCUGUCCAGGCGGAAGAGCAGGACACUCAAGAACCACCAGAGGUGUCCCAAGACUUCCAGCCUGAGGAGGAGGGCUUUGAGAUGGGAGAUGAGGACUACGUGGCCCAUGACGAGCAUGUCCUGGAGGGAGCAGAUAUUGGAGAGGGGCUGGCUGUAGAAGAGCCAGCUGAAGAUCAGGCUGACUGGCCAACUGAAGAGCCCAUCGAAGAGGCGGCAGAAGAGGCCGCCACAGAGUCCGAGCAAGCAUGA